CCCGUAAUGAUAAUAUGUCAUAAGCCACAUUGGGUGCUCCAUCAUCUUUUUUAUCAUAUUGUUCAUGUUAAAGAAGCUCGAGGAGUUUCAAAAUUUUGGUUUCAAACAAUUCCUUAGCUGAUGAUUGUGAAGAUAGAUGCAGAUUUUACUGAUGUAAUAUGAAAAUCAAUAAGCUAACUACUGAUGAUUGAUUCGUAAGUUAAUGGCCGAUGACAGUUCCAAAAUAGACGAAAAUGUGGAUGAUUUUUCUCAAUCGCAAGAGUCAUACGCAGUAAGCAGCUUUGAAAGUAUCCGUGACGCAAAUCGACACUCCAGAUUGCUGAUAAAAUGGUGUCGCAGUCACAAAGAGAAUAGUCAAGCAUCAAUAGCUGCGUUUUCAAGUACUUGCUCGGACUUUGCUAAUUGCGCAAGUAUCAAAGCACAUCAACGUCUGCCUGAUUCUCGUCCAACGUCACACAUAGGGAAAAAAAAGUUUGGCCCACCCCAUUCUAGGACUAAAGAGUCGCUCGAUGAACUGUCAAUUUUCAUCAGAGAGCCGGAGCAUGUAAAGAAACACAUCGAAGAAUUAUCAAAGGAAAAAAAACCAGCAUCAGUUGCAGCCAUUACCGUCAAUAGUGGUAGAUUAAUGAAAAAUAAUGCAAGCCAGACCAGCUUUGAUUUCAAGCACUUUAAGGACCCAGAAGAUGUAGUAGCGGAGUACAUAAACCUGCACAUCUACAACAGGACACGACUAGAAAAAGUAGAUGCAAAAAAGAUAUCAGCUUCGGUGAUCGAAUUACACAACGCCCGGAAACAAGGUUGUAAAGACUUGACAGUGGCCGAGUCAGAAAGAUCGCUCAAUAAUACCCAUACCGGGAAAUGUUUUUUGCACAGCGAUAAGUUGAAUACAAAUCUUGCAAAAUUAGAGAAAUAUUUACCAUCAUUGAAGUAUACAAAAAGGCAAGUGGCCACAAACAAUUUAAUUUUUGAUCCUGGACUUUUGGAUGAAUUGAGUGUUAAAAAGUCUGCCAUAUAUCGAACUCCGACAUUGGAAAACCGAAGGACCAUGCAGACUACUCUCAACGUUGUGCCAGCUCUGACAAAUACGCGUAAUAUCAAAACCAAACUAAAGCAGGCACCUCCACUUUUGCAAAAUGUAAGUACAACUGAGCUGAAAUUUAUCAUCCCACAGGACUCGGAGGCGCAUAGUCAUCUUGAAAAACAUACCGUACUACCCAAUAUUUGUCAGGAGAAGAAAAAAAAAACGAAAAAGAAGCAAUUGCAGCGGAGCACCGUUGGUUUCUCUACCUUUGAUAAGAACAAACGAGCCAUGGAAGUUAAAUCACAUUGGCAACUCCUUAAACUAAAAACGAACUUGAAAUUAGGAAAGGAUUGCGAGAGCAGCCCACACACCCAAAGGUUGCACCAUACCUCAGAAAAAUUAUCUGGAGUGAUGGAAGAUACGCAGAAAACAUACCAACGCACAAAUACUGCUAGGAAAUUAAAAAAAACUGUUAAUAAAAAUCUCAGUAAUAGAAAUGGCAUAGUACCAGACACAUUAUUUGCAAAACAUUCAUUCAAAUUGGGAGAUACAACUAUGCGUUUCAAAAUGGAGAUGUUCAGACAAGAAGAAAUGAAGAGCACAGAUGUGAAAAAUAUGAAGUGGAACCUAAACCUCGAUGAAAUGGAAAGUUUGCACAAACCAGAGGUGAUAGAUAAAUAUGAAAAGCAGAAAAAUAAAACUUUAUCACUAGACCAUACGCAACCAAAUGUUAAACCACCGGAAUUCGAAAUUAAGAAUUAUUUAGAUAAGUAUUUGCUGAGGAUGAAUAAACCGUUGAGUGAUAACGACGAGGAAACAACAACACCACAUCUGAGUCCACCGAUUGUAGCUAAUAUGUUAGAAAAACUAAAUAUCCAUGACGUUGGAUUUUACAUAAAUACAGAAAAACGAGAAGUAGCAAAUGCAGAAGACUGCUCAGAUUCCCAUCGACUUCUGACACCUAGAAAUACAAGAUUAUCCCGAACAUGUGAUGCAGCGAUUGGAACACAUACUGACAAUCGGUCAUCGGAAAAGAUAAUGCUUAUGAAACGUAGUCAAAAUACAAUACACAACGAAAAUUUUCAUAGGAGUGGCAUGCCGUCUGAUAAUACGAAACUACCGGGAAGUCGGUCACUGAUUAGCGAAGAGUGUAACAAAUUAUCCUUGAUUGAACAGAACAGUGGUGGGCAUCAAAUUGAUGAAAAAGCGAUUGGGAACGAGAAUGCAUUUUUGAAAAUGGCAUUAACUGGCCUGGAAAGCCGGUUACCGCAGCACUUGUGUACCCAAAUAUUGAAAUCAGAUUUUUUACGCGCAGAAUUGUCCGCCAAACCUAGAAAUGAUUAUCAUAGUUCGUUAAAUUUUAAUACUAAUUUAAAUUCUGGUGGCAAAUUGAUACCUCAUCUCAAGAACUUUUGACCUAAUUCAUGCGAUAAUAUGCUGCAGAAAAAAGUUAUAUACGUAAUUGAAGCUGCGCUUGUUGGCAAUACGAAAAGUGUCGAUAAAUUUUCAGCAACUGUUAAAGAAUUGGAAUAGAUACGAAACUGGACCAAAUAAUCUAUGAAAAGUGGGCCAAAAAGAAGGGGAAAAGAAAUAAUUAUGCUUGAAGAACAAAUCGUUUGUACAAAAGUUUUUAGAAGUGUAGAAUGAAUAAACUGCAAUUACUACUUCUUGGUUUAGUCGAUCGAAUACCGAGUUUUUGGACUCAGUCAACUUGUCUAAUAAAAAAUAAGGUUGAUAUCGACAAAGACAAUUCAAAAUAAAUUUAUGAAAAAAUGA